GCAACCUGUUGCUCCAACUUGUUUAUCCAGGUUGAAUCGAUUAGCGACGCUGGUCGAAAAUCUUCACCUUGUAACUCAGCGUCAUCCUUAGAGGCCCCUUUCGUUCUGGAUAUAAGUGUCUAACUGACGAGGUCUGUUCUGCAUGUCGUACACUUAUCCUUUAAGCACUGUCUGCUCAUGUACGUUCUGUACCGUUUUUCGUCAAUUAUUGAAUUUCUGCUUGGCUCAAAUUCGGUCAUACUUCCAACUUCAUGUCAGAUCCCGGAAACACAAGCAACAAUGCCACCAAUUUCGUGCAAGCACAAUCAUUUUUAGGGGACCCGCAAUGCGACUCUACGGAGCCUACAAAAUGAGGCUAAGAGUACAUUGUUAUGGUUGGCAAGUGGGAGGGCUACAGGGUAGUAGUGCUAUGCAGAGCGGGCCGAAGCUUGGUUGUGCAAUGGGCCCCAACUAUGUUCGGAUAUAUGGUACCUUGGUGCAACUGCAGUCCGAGCUUUUUGCUGAUGGCAGCCCCACAUUAAGACAUCUACGUUCCGCCAUAAGAUACAAUCCCCCCACGUCCCCUUUGGCAAUACCGCAGAGAACGAAGUCUGGAAGUGCCGGGCGAUGAAAAGACGUCCGAUAAAGUCAUUCACAUCACAGCCGGGCUGCAGUUUUCCCGGUUCAAGAGCGUCAUUAGCACACUGCGGGUGGUCGACGACGUUGUCGCAUAACACUUACGAGCAUGUAUUCAAGGGCUUGAAGGAGGGCAU